GCCAGAAGGAACGAACGAGCCGGCUGCGACGGCUUGUCGACGACCAUUGCUCAACAACUUGGCCCGCGCGCAGAUGACGGACGCCGAUGGCCUCGUGCUGCGGUACUUUGACAUCCCUGGCCGCGCCGAGAUCACGCGGCUCCUCUUCACCAUCGGCGACGUGCCUUUUCAAGACAAGCGCAUUCCCAAGGCGUUGUACCCGCACCUCAAGCCCAAGCUGCGCCUGCCGUUUGGCUCGCUCCCGACGCUCGAAGUCCAAGGUGAGACGUAUGGCUGCAGCCUCGCGAUCGCGCGCUACGCCGCAAAGCGCGUUGGCCUGUACCCGGACGACCCGCUCGCGGCCUUUCGCAUCGACCACUUUGCAGGUCUUGUCCACGAUACCAUGGUCACGCUGCUCGUGGUGCUGUACAUGGACGGCUGCGCCGUGCUGCGCGCCAAGCGGCUGCGGCGGGCGCGGCGGCGCAUUCCGCAGCUGCUCGAGCACUUGGAGGACGAAGCGCUCGGCGCCGGCAGCUUCUUCGCAAACUUGUCUUGGCUCGAUGUCUACCUCUUCGACCUGAUCCACAACGUCCUUUUGCGCUUCUGCAACGUCCUGCGCAUUCCGUUUGACAAGUACCCAAAGCUCCACACCAUAUACAAGACGAUCCUCUGUGAUCCCAAGAUCGCCGCUUAUUUAACGCGCACCGAGGGCCCGACCUUUCGCCCUCGCUGCACGACGACCCACUCCUAGUCCUAAUGCCAGCGCUCAUUAUUCGUUGUCUUCUCGGAUGUUGCUGCGGGUAUCGAGCGCCAUGGCGACGGUCCAUGAGAAGCUCCUCAUUGACCAUUAUCAAAGUCAUGGCUGUCCAUCUUGCUGACCGCUCGAGUUGCACAAUGGCGCAACCAACUGCGUGAUCAGCAUCUUGACACCAUGCUACCAGUACACACUUACCCGGCCAUCCGCGGACACACACGUGCACUGACGCUUCUAUAGUUCGCACUGGCA